AUGAUUGUUAACGGUGCAUCUGAUACUAUUUUAUGCCGAUGUUUUCCUUCUUUUUUAGAUGGUCCUGCACUUGACUGGUUUUGCUCUUUGCCUGCAGAUUCUAUAUCACGUUUUCAGGAGUUAGCCAAACAGUUUGAGGACCAUUUUGCAGCCUCGGCGAUAUACCUCCAUGAUUCUGACUACUUAACGACCAUUAAGCAGGGACCACAGGAAAGUCUAAAGGAGUAUAUAACUCGGUUCACCAAGGUCGCCAUGAGUAUUCCGGAUUUGCACCCUGAGGUUCACCUUCAUGCCAUUAAAAGUGGUCUUCGUCCAGGGAAGUUCCAGGAGACCAUUGCUGUUGCUAAGCCAAAAACUUUGGCCGAAUUCUGUGAGAAAGCUAAAGGACAGAUAGAUAUAGAAGAGCUUCGCCAAGCACGAAAGUCAGAUAAGUCGGUCACUAAAGAGGACGAAAGAACUUGCGAUAACAAGAAGGUCUUCAAGCCAGUCCCCCCGUUAUGA